CUUCCAAAAGGACAAAAGAAAAGCUGUAAGCAGCAAAGGAUGAGAUGAUGCGAUGAGUCCAACCAUUUUCUCAAAAUAAAAAUUUUCUCGCCACUUUCUCUCCAUCUUUAUGAUUCGAUUCUUUCUUAUAAACCCUUUGCCCCUCGUGAAUCCACAAACCCCCGUGAGAGAGAAAAUACAUUUUUUAAAAAGAGGAGAGAGAGAGAGAGAGAGAGAGAGAGAGAGAGAGGUUUUAUUGGAUUUUUGUGGAAACAGAACCGGCCCACUGCUCUCUGUUAAUCCUCUGGUUGGUCAGUGGAAGAGGCCAAGCUUGGGGUGCGCAGGAUAAGUAAAGAGAUAGAGAGAGACCGGGGUUUACUUUAAGUUUGAUUUCUUUUCUUCUCGAGCUAUGGCAGUGGCCUCUCAUCAGUUCUAACCUGCACGGGGGGGUGUAGAGCGGCCGUCUCGCUGUUUUGCAUCUGGGGUUUUCUUGGGUCAGUAUGGCUGCGCAUUUUAGCUGUGGGAGGGCGAGGAGGACUGCGACGGCGCUGCUCCUCUUCUGGGCUUUGAUCUCGCUAUCUUGCGCCGGGGCGCGUGAGCUGCCUGCUUCCCGGCAGAAGCUUGAGGUCCGGAAGCACCUGAAGCGGCUUAACAAACCCGCCGUGAAGAGCAUUACGAGUUCGGAUGGAGAUAUAAUCGACUGUGUUCACAUGAGUCAUCAGCCAGCUUUUGAUCAUCCUUUCCUCAAAAACCACACAAUUCAGAUGAGACCUAGCUUUCACCCAGAGGGGUUGUUUGAUGAAAACAAGUCAUCUGCAAAGCCCAAGGAGACAUCAAACCCUAUUACUCAGUUAUGGCACUUGAAUGGAAAAUGCCCUGAAGGAACCAUACCCAUAAGAAGAACAAAGAAGGAUGAUGUUCUGAGAGCAAGUUCAGUCAGAAGGUAUGGAAAGAAGAAACACACCAGCAUCCCAAAGCCAAGGUCUGCAGAGCCUGAACCCCUCACUCAGUCUGGUCAUCUGCAUGCAAUAGCUUACGUUGAAGGAGACAAGUAUUAUGGAGCAAAAGCGACCAUUAAUGUUUGGGAACCCAAAGUACAGCAGUCUAAUGAGUUUAGCUUGUCUCAGAUCUGGAUUUUAGGUGGAUCAUUUGGGCAGGAUCUCAAUAGCAUUGAAGCUGGUUGGCAGGUCAGCCCUGAUCUAUAUGGUGACAACAACACAAGACUCUUCACUUAUUGGACUAGUGACGCUUAUCAAGCCACAGGCUGCUACAACCUUCUCUGUUCUGGCUUUAUUCAAAUCAAUAAUGAAAUAGCAAUGGGUGCAAGCAUCUUCCCAGUUUCUGCAUAUCAUGGUUCCCAAUAUGAUAUCAAUAUCCUUGUCUGGAAGGAUCCAACUCUGGGAAAUUGGUGGAUGCAGUUUGGGAACAACUAUGUUUUGGGCUAUUGGCCCUCUUUCCUAUUCUCAUACUUGGCCGAUAGUGCUACCAUGAUAGAAUGGGGAGGAGAGGUGGUGAACUCGGCGCCAAAUGGUGAGCACACCUCAACUCAGAUGGGAAGUGGCCACUUCCCUGAAGAGGGAUUUGGAAAGUCAAGUUAUUUCAGGAAUGUUCAAACUGUCGAUAGCUCCAACAAUCUCAAGACCCCCAAGGGGUUCGGCACCUUCACUGAGCAAUCCAACUGUUACGAUGUCCAAACUGGCAAUAAUGAUAAUUGGGGUACUUAUUUUUACUAUGGAGGCCCAGGUCAAAACGCAAAUUGUCCAUGAAGUAGGAAGUCCAUUUCACCCUCUCUCUCUCUCUCUCUCUCUCUUCUCUGUAUCAUUCAAUAGUUGUAAUCUCUCUCCCUCUCUAUCUGUCUCGUGUAUACCCUUUUUUUACUCUCUAGGUUGGGCCAGUGACAUAUGACCUUUUCUUUAGUGGGUGGGAAGUUUUGACCCUGUUUUCACUUUAAAAUCGUCAAUAUAAGUGAUUGGGGAAGGGAGGCCAAGUUUCUCAAAGCAUGAAAGAAACAGGCCUCUACCAGUCUCUCUGUUUUAUUUGUUUUGCUCCUCUCUUGGAGUGGUCGCUAAUGAAUGAAGGAAUUUCUCAUGUGGGUUUAGACCAA